CCGCCCGAGAGACCGGACGGGAGCGGGACGCUCCCGGACCCCGCGGCCCGGCCCGGGUCCACCGGGCGCUCCCCGCCUGUCCCGGAGCAGCGGCAGGUGCCGUGCCGUGCCGUGCCAUGCCGUGCCGUGCCGCACCGCCCGCUGCCAGCGCCUCGGCCCCGGCCCGGCCGGCGGGAGCGGGUAGGGAGCAACCGGGCGGUCCCGGCAGCGGCACGGCCGGGGCAGCCCCAGCGGGAGGGGCCGGGAGCACCGGCCAGGGGCGGGGCCAGGAGGCGGUGAGCCCCGGGAGGGGGAACGCCGACCCGCGCGGGGACAGGGCGCGGCCCCGGGAGACCCGGCGUGGUCGGGCGGGCGCAGGGCGGGAGCGCGUCACUGGUCCCCCGCAACGAGGGGACGCCGGGGCGCGGUGACCCGCCCGGGGCAGCGGAGCGGGACCGGGACCGCGACCGCGACCGGGGCGGGGGCGGCACCGCCCACCCCACCGGGGCUCCUCGAGGCCGCUGACGCCAUCGCGGGGCGCGGGGCCGGGCGGAAGCGGCGGUGAGGGCAGCGCGGGCCCCUCGUCGCGUCAUCAGGGCGCGCCGGCGGCGGGCGGGCGGCACGUGGGCCGAGCUCUGCCGCACCGGUCGCCGCCGCCGCUCUGAGCGCCGGGGAGAUGCCGGCCGGGCCGCGCGGCCGGGGGCGCCGCCAGGGCUCGCCGUGCCCAUGAGGCCGGCGGGGCGCAGCCGAGGAGGGCGGCCGGGCAGCGGCGGCUCCGGCGGAGCGGCAGCGAGAGGAGCGUCUGGCCAUGGAGUUCACCGUGAUCGACUACAGCAUCUUCGCGCUGCUGCUGGUGCUGUCGUUGGCCAUCGGGCUGUUCUACGCGCUGAGCGGGGACCGGCAGCGCACGGUGCAGGAGUUCCUCCUGGCCAACCGCAACAUGAGCUGCCUGCCUGUCGCCCUGUCCCUGCUGGCCACCUUCCAGUCGGCCGUGGCCAUCCUGGGCGCGCCGGGCGAGAUCUACCGCUUUGGCACCGAGUACUGGUUCCUCGGCUGCUCCUACUUCCUGGGGCUGCUCAUCCCGGCUCACAUCUUCAUCCCCGUCUUCUACCGCCUGCGCCUCACCAGCACCAAUGAGUACCUGGAGCUGCGCUUCAACAAGACGGUGCGGGUGUUCGGCACCAUCACCUUCAUCUUCCAGAUGGUCAUCUACAUGGGGGUGGUGCUGUACGCGCCCGCGCUGGCCCUCAAUGCAGUGACGGGCUUCGACCUCUGGAGCGCGGUGCUCACCAUGGGGCUGGUCUGCACACUGUACACCACGCUGGGCGGGCUGAAGGCCGUGAUCUGGACCGACGUGUUCCAGACGCUGGUGAUGUUCGCGGGGCAGCUGGCCGUCAUCGUGGUGGGCGCCCGGCGGGUGGGCGGCAUGGCCCGCGUCUGGCGCCUGGCCGAGCAGGAGGGCAGGAUCUGCGGCAUCGACCUGAACCCCGACCCGUUUGAGCGGCACACGUUCUGGACGCUGGCGGUGGGCGGCGUGUUCAUGAUGCUGUCGCUGUACGGGGUGAACCAGGCGCAGGUGCAGCGCUACCUGAGCGCCCGCAGCGAGCGCGAGGCCAAGCUCUCCUGCUACGCCGUGUUCCCGUGCCAGCAGAUCGUGCUCUGCCUCAGCUGCCUCACCGGCCUCGUCAUGUUCGUCUACGACCGGGAGUACCCGCUGGCCCAGCGCCCCAGCUCCCCCGACCAGCUGGUGCUGUACUUCGUGAUGGACGUGCUGCGGGACCUGCCGGGGCUGCCCGGGCUCUUCGUCGCCUGCCUCUUCAGUGGGUCCCUCAGCACCAUCUCCUCCGCCUUCAACUCUCUGGCCACGGUGACGAUGGAGGACCUGGUGCGGCCGCACUGCCCCGGGCUGUCAGAGUCACGGGCCACGCUGCUCUCCAAGCUGCUGGCUCUCGGUUACGGACUGCUGUGCCUGGGGAUGGCCUACGUGUCCUCCAUGCUGGGCCCUGUGCUGCAGGCGGCCAUCAGCAUAUUCGGCAUGGUGGGGGGGCCGCUCCUGGGGCUCUUCUGCCUGGGCAUGUUCUUCCCCUGCGCCAACCCCACGGGUGCCGUCGUGGGGCUGCUGGCAGGCCUGGCCAUGGCCUUCUGGGUGGGCAUCGGCAGCCUGGUGAGCAGCGCGGGGGCGGCCCCCCCACCCAACAGCACCGCACUGACCCCCGUGGGCAACCUCACCACCGCCCUGGCCACCACUCUGCUGGCCCCCACACCAGCGCCCCACAGACCCAGGGGGCUGCAGAAGUUCUACAGCCUGUCCUACAUGUGGUACAGCGCCCACAACUCCACCACCGUCAUCCUGGUGGGGCUCCUGGUCAGCCUGAUCACCGGCCCCACGCCGGCCGCGGCCGUGGACCCCCGCACCAUCUACCCCGUGCUGCCGCGCCUGCUCUGCUGCCUGCCCCGCAAGUACCGGCAGCGGCUGUGCUGCGGGGUGGCCUUCCCGGCACAGGACACCAACCAUGCGGAUGCUGCGGUGAAGAGCAACGGGGUGGCCAACAGGCUGCCCCACAACGGGCAGCGGGAGGAGGAGGAGGGACAGGGCUACAUCCGCGCGGCCGGCGCCCCCACCUACGCCCUGCAGGAGACCUCCUUCUGAGCCCCCCGGCACGGGGGUCCCGGCCGCCCCCCACGCCCUUCCCCAGCGCCCCCCGGCCAGGGAGCCAAGACCUGCCCUGGGGCAUGGCCGAGGAGCACCAAAUAACCGAGGAGCACCAAAUAACCGGGAGGGGCUGGGUCCCUGCCUGCCCCCCCCGGGUGGCUCUGGGACCACGGGUGUGGGGCGAUGGGAGCGGUGCUGUCCCCCCCAGGCCGGGACGCCGCCGCUGC